AGCAAAGACACUGGAACAGAGAAGGCUCCUUGGGCCUCCAUGAUGCCUAUCCCUGCCUCCCAGCUCCAGCCUCCUUGUCUUGUCCUGUUGCUGUCCUUCCUGCUCAGACUCACAGGAGCAGCCACAGAGAAGAAUCUGCAGGUGAUUCAGCCUGAGAAGCCAGUGUUGGUUGCUGCCAGAGAGACAGCCACUCUGCACUGCACUGUGACCUCUCUGCUCCCUGUGGGUCCCAUCAAAUGGUUCAGGGGGCAAGGACAAUGCCGUGAGCUAAUCUACAAUUACCAGAGAGGCCAUUUUUCCAGAAUCACAAAUCUUUCAGACACCACAAAGAGAGACACCAUGGACUUUUCCAUCCGCAUCAGUAACAUCACUCCAGCAGACGCUGGCACCUACUACUGUGUGAAGUUCGAGAAAACCAGCUCUGGGGACACAGAGUUUCAGUCUGGAGGAGGCACUGAGUUGUCUGUGUGUAAGCUGAAGCAGUCUCCUACUACUACAUUUCUCAUACCUCUUAUCCUCAGCACAAAGAUGCUGCUGCUGAUCCUUAUAUCUGCCAUCUACAUCUACAAGAAACAGAAGACCUGACUGUCCAGGCAGCCCUCACUCUCCAUGGCAAUCCAGGAUUAUAAAAAUGACUACAAACUGAAAUCCUUGGAAACCAUCUCUAUAUUCACUGGGAAAAAUAAUUAUUAUCCUAUGAGCUUUAUGAUUUUGUCGAGAUUUUAAAAACUAUAUUUUACAG